GGAGAAAGGAAGCGGAAGUAUGUAGUUCUCGCGAGGUUUCACUCAAAAAAAUAAGGCGGGUCAUCAACUGGAUCAUGUCCAGUUGAAUAGCUUACAAAUACAUCAAACUAACAAGGCAGAGUUUGGUCAUCCGCUUACCGAAAGUCGAACAGCUAAGGUGGCGAGAUGGAGCCGACGGGGGAUUUGUCUGCUCGGGUUCUUGUUGAACAAAUUCUCAGUACCGAGCCACCAAUGACUCCUAUAACUCGCAGCGUCUCCAGAGAUCAAAAUCCCUCAUCUAUCUACCGCACCAGAUUGAGCGUGAAAAAGGCUGAUGCACAAACCCCACAGAACAUCUUGAGGCGCAGUCUAAAGCAUAAGAUGCGUGAGAGCAUAUCCAAGAAGAAUCUUCCACCUGCAAGCAAAGAGAGAACCGUCUCUCUUGGCCUGGGAAACCCAAACACGCGGGCUUCCUCUGUGAUGCUUUUAGAGGGCGACACGCCGAGGCACAUUCUCAUGAACAUCUUGCAGACGGAGCCUGUCAAGUCCCCUGUGAUUCACGAGGAAGCUGCACCAGUGGAGUCACAGCCGUCUUCAGCAGACCACAGCAUUGCCACAAAUUCCAGCAUUGAGCUUUCCGGUUUGGAUCUGCCCGACUUAACUUUUGGCAAUGCACGAAGCACCGCAAAGAGGCUGAGCCGAAAGAGACCACGUCGCACCGUCAACGUAUCUACUUUUAUAAAGAAGCUCAGGAAGGGUGAGGAUGAAAAAGGUGAAAACGAAGAGGAGGAUUCAGCACAAGAGGAUCUGUCGCUGUCUUCGAGCACCACUUCCUUCAGUCUAAAAACACCCUUUGAGAAUGUUCAGACUGAUAAAAAAGGCCUGCGGAGGAGACUUUCUCAACGUCGAAAAACCACAAAGGAGGGUUUUGGCGAUGCUGUGAAUAGGAUGCUUUUAGAUCAUGAGACAAGCAGCUUGAUUCAGGGAGAGCAAGGCCUCGGUGAGAGCACCCUGGCCGAGGGUUUCUCUCCCAAACUAAGCAACUUGAAUAAACAAGAGCUCAUCAAUGAAAUUAUCCACUCGAACACGGCUCGAUACGACACUGGUGACGUUCCCGUCGGCGUCUUUGCCGUACUUGAGACACAGGACCAGUCCACUGUCAUGGUGUCUGCGAUACGCAGUGUGAUGGCGAUUGGAGCACAGACCCAGCCAGAUGGAAAAGUGUCUGAAUGCCAGGAGGAGAAGAAUACAACUGAUUGUGAAGCUGAGUUAGAGACCCCUGAGUCUGAGGAAGAAGACGACAAAGGGGAAGGAGUGGAAAAGGCUGCAGUUAACCCUCAAACUGAAGAAGUUGUUGUAACGCCAUCUGUAGAAGAGGACAACAUGGAAGAAGAAAAGAGUCUUGUUUAUUCUCAAACUAAAGCGGAUGCUGCAACGCCAACAGAAGAUGAGAAUGCUACAACAACACCUGAGGAUGAAGACCAAAUGGAAGAAGAUAAAGUGGCUCUAGUUGACUCUCAAACUGAAGAGGACGCCACAACGCCACCAGAGGACGAGGACGCCACUACGUCACCUGAGGAAGAAGACAACAUGGAAGAAGAGGAAAUGGUUGUGGUUGAAUCACAAACUGAAGAGGACUCCACAAGGCCAUCAGAGGGCGAGGAUGCUACUACACCACCUGAGGAAGAAGACAACAUGGAAGAAGAGGAAAUGGUUGUGGUUGAGUCACAAACUGAAGAGGACUCCACAAAGCCAUCAGAGGGCGAGGAUGCUACUACGCCACCUGAGGAAGAAGACAACAUGGAAGAAGAGGAAAUGGUUGUGGUUGACUCACAAACUGAAGAGGACUCCACAAGGCCAUCAGAGGGCGAGGAUGCUACUACACCACCUGAGGAAGAAGACAACAUGGAAGAAGAGGAAAUGGUUGUGGUUGACUCACAAACUGAAGAGGACUCCACAAGGCCAUCAGAGGGCGAGGAUGCUACUACACCACCUGAGGAAGAAGACAACAUGGAAGAAGAGGAAAUGGUUGUGGUUGACUCACAAACUGAAGAGGACUCCACAAAGCCAUCAGAGGACGAGGAUGCUACUACGCCAUCUGAGGGUGAGGACAACAGGGAAGAAGAGGAAGGGACCAAACCCCCAACCGAGGACUCUGCUACAGUUCCAUCCGAGGAAGAGAAUGCUCUUGCUGCCAGGUCUCAGUCAAAAGGAAAAACGGAUGAAGAGCAAGAGUUGAAUCAAGACGUUGAGCACAUCGAUCGUCAAGCUCAUCGAUUUGGGGGAACUUUUGUCAUGCCCGUUGAAGAGGACGACACUACAGAGCCUGGCUUGUCAGAGCAAGACGUGGGUGGCAAGAACAGUUUGAGGAAUUCUCACAGCAGCAUCGAAGUGGAUUGCAGCGACCUUGAAAGUGGUCCACAUCCAGACUCGGACCCGGAUGAAUCUGGUAUUGAAGCACAACCCAGUUUUCAUCAUCCGGAGGUGAGCAGUAGCGAAAGAGCUGGUGAUUCCCCCAUAGAGACAGCCCCCGUUGAAGGUGCGGUUACACCUGAACAGGACGAAUGGGAGGAAAAUGACGACGAAGAAGAGAAUAAAGACAUCCCCAUGAAGACUCCAGCGUUUGUUCGAGAAAAGAGGACGUUUCAAGUGGCUUAUCAGGCCUCACCCACUGCUUUAAAUCCCCAAACCAGCAGUAAUAAAAGUGAAGGUGCGCCCUCUGUGAAACCAAAACGUGAGAGAAAGCCCAAAAGUGCCACAGUCAAGAAUGAAGUGGGACUUCCUAAAAACUACCUUAUGGGCGUCUUCCGGCACUUCGCCAAAACAAAGGUGUCCCCUGAUGUUUACCCCGUCUUAAAAGAGACAAUGGAUAAAUUCUUUGAUCGAAUGGCGGAGGACCUAGAGACGUUUGCUCAUCACGCCAAGAGAAAAACUAUCGAAGUUGAAGAUGUAGUACUGUUGUUGAGAAGGCAGGGUCACGUUAACGACAAGGUCCCCGUAGAAGUCCUAAUCGAGAAGUACCUGCGUAUGGACCAGCGCAGACUAUUAAUCCCCAUGGCAACCAGUGGGAACAUCGUCAUCCCUAAAAUGAAGCGAUGAAUUUCAGGUAUAUUUAGUGACUUGCAAUGUUGAGUCUGUUUAUUAUUUUCAAUGUAUAAAUAUUUAUAUCAGCUUGAUUACAGUUCAAGGUUUGUCAUUUUCCAUGUCACAUACCGUCAACAAAUUUACGUUGUUAAUACAGUGUAAGCGUAAUAAGUGACUGGGUAAUGUAAUAUGCAAAUAAAGUUCCCUGAUUUUCCUCUUGAAA